AUGGGGCACCUAGCCCAUUAUGUCGAUGUGCGGGCAUCUCGACUAGAGGCUGAGGUGCCCUGGAUGAUUGAGAGAGUUAUUACUGCAGCGCUGACACCUCUUCGAGCUUCCAUUGAUGCUCUCACAGUGAGAGUAGAGAUUUACGAGAGAGGACAGGGUGUUACAACUGAGGUUACAACUUUGAAAGCUGAUGUUUAUGAGUUGAGGAAGGAUGUGGACCAUCUGAUGUCCAUAGACUUUACUUCACUAUUUGGGACAGUAGAGAUCCAAGAUGAUCCGAGUGUUGAGAAUCCAGCUUGUGAUGAGGUACCUCCGGCUACCACCAGAGAUGAUAUUAUAGUGGAUGUUGUUGCUGCUAAGUCUGAGGUCGAGACUAAUGAGGAGCAAAUUGAGGUGCGAGAUGCGGUUGUUUAUGAGGAUCUAGCCGACUUAGAGAGUGUCAUGUUUGAGCCCGGCAGGCCUCCUUGA